AUGGAUAUGGUACCAGCUCUUUUAAUGAUAUUUCUACAGUUUGUUAGUGCGGGUAAUAAUGUGUUUAACAAACUUGCACUAGACUCCGGAAUGAACCCGCAAAUAUUAGUUGCAUACCGCCAGAUUCUUGCAACAUGUUUUCUUGCUCCAGCAGCAGUUUAUUUCGAAAGGGGAGUCAUGCAUCAAUGUCUGUAUUUCACCGGACUCAAACAUACCACGCCUACCAUAGCGUGCGCACUGCUCAAUACCGCACCAGCAAUCACCUUUAUACUUGCCAUCUUGUUUCGAAUGGAGACGAUUGGAAUACAUAGACUUUCGGGGCAAGCCAAGGUUAUUGGUACAAUUGUGUGCGUCGGAGGAGCAGCCAUGAUGUCUUUUUACACAGGCAGCAUCAUAAACAUUGGAAGGUCGACAUUACAUUGGCGGUACGCGGAGAAGUUGAUAUCACAAAACACAUCCGCUAGUAGCAGUACUAUCACUGGUCCGACAGCUUUUGCUUCGGCGCUAGCAUUCGUAGUGACAGCAUGGUGCAUAUCAAAACGCGGUCCUCUUUACGUGUCAAUGUUUAGUCCGAUAGCGCUGGUUAUAGUCGCCGUGCUUGAUUGGGCUCUUAUGGACGGGGAAAUAUAUGUGGGCAGUGUUGUCGGAUCUGUUUCAAUUGCAAUUGGGCUAUAUGCUGUGUUGUGGGGUAAGGGCCAAGAGGCGAAAGAAAGUUUUAAUGCUCAAAAAAUUUCUGCUGCUCAUCAUAAAAGUUCUGAUUUUCAAGAGCAAGUUUGA